AUGAAUAUUACCUAUUAUCCAGUUACAACUCCCUUCUCCGCCCAUGCAUCUUCCUUUGCUCGCCUGUGUCAAUCGGCCAUGUUCAUUGGACGUGCCUCUGCAUGCCGUAGCAGUUCUCAGACGGCGCUCAUGCACCAGAUUGGUGCUGUUACUAGCCUUACCGAAGACCUAUGCACCUUCAGCUCUAUUCUUGCUGACGAAAUGACUUCGUCCACUUUGGACAGAUAUCUCCGACUCCUCGCUCCCCAGUGCCUGACGUGGUCGGCCCUUUUUUUGCUGCUCGAUAACUACUGCUGCCCGGAGAAAUUCAGCGACGAACCCGGCUAUAUGCCGUCUGCCGGCACAAAAGGGCCGGACGAGCUCGCCACCCAGACCCAGGCCAUGCUGGUCGUGCGGAAUAUCAGCGACCAGGCGCAUGAGAAGACAAAGGAAGUCAUGGACAUCAUAUCUAGCCAGCCAAGUAUCGAUCACGUAGGAAGUAUAAGCCCAUUCUCGCUGGACGCACUAUACUGCUCCAUGGUGACUUUCCAAUGGAUCUAUCGCGAAUGUGGGGACGAGAUAGCCCAUGUCCGAUUAACGGCUAUUGAGGCUUGCAUGCGGAGACUAAGUGAGCGUUGGAGGCUGGCCUUCGAGUAUCUUGCUCUCGGGGAAGUCUAUCGUAACGUUGGAAACAUCUAA